CUGCUGCAGUGCUUUGCUCAAACUUCGUCCCUCUGGGAUUAUUUUUUCUUUGCAAUUAUAUACAGGGUUUUAGAAGCAAGGAGCCUUCCUACUAGCCUCACACUUGUUUGUCUUUGUAGGUCUCGUGCUUAUAAUUCGGUGCAUUAGAAGCGAUUCUGGAUCUUAUCUAACGCAAUUUCAUUUAUUCUUGCAAAUUUUCUCUUUCUGGCCUCGUGCGUUUGAAUCGUCAAAAAAACCAAGAUUUUGCCCCCUCCAACGGAAAUAAAACCUGUUUCGAAGUCAGUGGCAAUUUUGAUAUCUGCGCCUGCAGUGGAAACGCAGUCGAAAUGUUGCCGGGCACCACGAAGACUGAGCUGCCACGCGGGGUCAUGCUGACAGCCCUGGCCGUCGUGGGGGCCGCGUACUUUACACCCGGCAUUUUUGUGGACGGCGUUAGCUUGCGUCCGGCAUUUCGGGCGUUUGGUUCUCCAGAAAUUCCGCAGGAGCAGAUGAUCCGCGUACGAGUUGGACUUUCCGGGGACAAGACAGAGACGUUGCCCGGGAACAUCAGCGCUGCCGAGGCGACACAAAAGCUGCAUGCCAUGGCUGCGGGGCUAGUACCAGGACACGACGCAAUUGUGUACGGCUCUAGCUCUACACCUACAACGGCGACGGUUGAUAGUUUAUUGCAGGUUGGUACAACGUUGGGCAGUAUCCUCCCACCCGGUACUGAGGAAAUUCAAUUGGUCGCUGGGAGCCCGCGCUUGUUCGAGGAGAUGCCUGCCGAUGGUCGCUGGAACCCCGCUGAAGUACAGCUCCUUCAGCAAGAAGACAUUAGGGAGGUACGUUUCGAAAUCAGGCACCCAGCCCUUGCAUUAAAAAACGAUAUCCGCGAGGUCUUGAGAAUCAGCACAGACGACUUGAUUGAGGACCGGUACGCCACCGCAGCUAAAAAGAAAUACAACUAUGCAUCGCAAAUAUGUCUGGGUCUGGGCGAUAGAUGCGAACUUGUGAUGCGCAUUUAACGACACACACGACCACACAAAUCUCUCAUGCAUAGCCAGCAAAAUGGUACAUUUUUCCACUUCCUGUCAUCGAAGUGGGGGAUUUCUUGUCAUGCGGAUUGGGCAUUGCGGAACCUUCCAUAAAAAACCUGUGAUGCUAGGGCUUCCAUGCCACCAGACUUUCCGUGUCAUGCUCAAUCUCAACAUGCAAACACAGCAUGACAAAGAUUUGCAAUCAUCUUCCAGACCCAGACAUGUUAGCAAUGCAUAAGAACCUGUCGAGAACUAAGCUCGAGGAGUAUCUGACGCACCUGCGCACACCCCCCCUCCCUCUCAUUUGUAUAGCAAGAACAGCAAUACGAACACCAGCGCACGUGGAGCCACUGCAUGACAAAUUUUUUGUGUGCCUAGUGUAGUACUGUUUGGGGUUCAUCCGGAAUUUGUCAUGCAAACAGUGCCACAAGGCAGCGACUGGAUUUGGGGUUUUGCAUGACAAAUGAGGGGGCGAAGGGGAGUUGUGCACUGUCAUACGGGCGGACCUACAGGUAAUCAACGACAAGGAGGUGAAGAAGGCCCGCGAGGCG